AUGACUACUCAAUCAAAGUGGAAAGUAGAGAAAAACAAGAUCUUGAAUAUGCCUUUGGAAGAGAAGAGGAAAAUAUACAGAAACAGUGAUUUUAUCGUACUAGAUAGAGUUGAUCCUUGGUCAAAGUUUUUUAGUAAAAACGAAAAAGAAAUUGAGAAUUUCAAGCAUACCCUGGACGAUCUGACUGAAUUUCAAAAGAUUAAAUUGGAUUCUUCCAAGAAUAAAGAGCUUGCAGACAGAAUAUCCAUUUUUCAAGGGGAUAUCACCAAACUCGAAAUAGAUGCCAUUGUUAAUGCAGCAAACUCCAGAUUAGUAGCUGGUGGAGGUGUAGAUGGGGCUAUACACCGUGCCGCAGGUUCAUUGCUUCAGGAGGAAUGCAACUCAUUGCGUGGCUGCCCUACUGGAGAUGCUAAGGUCACUGGUGGCUACAACUUGCCUUCAAAAUAUGUCAUUCAUACUGUUGGCCCACAAGAUGGUUCCGCUAAAGCAUUACAAUCAUGUUAUGAAAAGUGUUUGCAGUACCAGCAAGAGUAUCGCAUUAAGUCCAUUGCUUUCCCAUGCAUUAGUACAGGCAUCUACGGGUUCCCAAAUAGAUUAGCAGCUCACAUUGCAUUGAGAACAGCCAGAAAGUUUCUAGAAACUAAUGAGGAUAUGGAAAGAAUUAUCUUUUGCACAUUUAUGCCUGUUGAUGUUGAUAUUUAUAAGACUCUUUUGCAAAUGUAUUUUCCUAUACACGCUUCUAAUUAUAAUGAUGGAGCUUCUGUUUCUGAAUAA